GGAAUAUAGAAGAGCUCGCUCGCACCACCUUAUCCUAUCCUCUCCUCCUCUCUCUAAAUAUCUCCAUCUCUAUUUUCUCAAUCACUAUUUGACCCCUCUCCUCAUUGUGACUACCACCACAAAGUCACUUUUGUGCACACACCCACACCUACUCUCUUCUCCUAUCUUCUCUUAUCAUUCAUCUCUACUUAUUCACGCACACGCUUCCUCUGGAAAGUUCUUGGUACAUGUAAUUCAUUCCCGGUUUUGUAAUUUCAGUUAUAAGUUUUAUGUACAUUGGUAAUGGCUCCUAAAGCUGGGAAAACAAAGCCACACAAGAGUAAAGGAGAUAAGAAGAAGAAGGAAGAGAAAGUUUUGCCCGUUGUCAUUGAGAUAAGUGUUGAAACACCAGACGAAACUCAAGUGACUCUCAAGGGAAUCUCCACGGACAGAAUCUUAGAUGUGAGGAAGCUCUUAGCAGUCCAUGUUCAGACAUGCCACUUCACCAACUUCUCUCUCUCUCACCAGGUGCGUGGCGCUAGACUCAAGGAUUCUGUUGACAUCGUAUCGCUCAAACCCUGCCAGCUCACCAUCGUCGAAGAGGACUAUACGGAGGAGCAAGCCACCGCGCACAUACGGCGGCUCCUCGACAUCGUCGCUUGCACCACCGCCUUCGGUUCGUCGAAACCGCCGGUGUCUCGCGCAUCUCCUAAGGAAUCAGGUUCGAACGAGGAUGCCGGCGAUUCAGGCUCCAAUCUCAGCCCUAAAUCGGAGAAGAAACUCGUCGUCGGAGGCUGUGAGGCUUCCCCGGCGGCGGAAGUCGGGGACAAGGGCGAAAUCAACAUGUCCCCGCCGAUUCGUCUCGGGCAGUUCUACGAGUUUAUCUCGUUCUCCCACCUUACUCCACCGAUCCAAUAUAUCAGAAGGUCUGUUCGUCCAUCGAUCGAAGAUAAAGGAGUAGAUGAUCUAUUCCAAAUCGAUGUUAAAGUUUCAAGUGGGAAGCCUAUCACUGUUGUUGCUUCAAGAACAGGUUUUUUCCCAGCUGGGAAGCAGCAGCUUCUGUGUCAUUCUUUGGUUGAGUUGCUGCAGCAGAUAAGCAGACCAUUUGAUGCGGCUUAUGACGCUCUCAUGAAAGCUUUCAUUGAGCAUAAUAAAUUUGCCAACCUUCCUUAUGGUUUCCGGGCAAACACUUGGGUAGUUCCUCCGGUUGUUGCAGAUAGCCCUUCUACUUUUCCGUCACUUCCAGUGGAGGAUGUGACGUGGGGAGGAGACGGCGGUGGGGCGGGCCGGUCUAGUAAGUAUGACCGAAGAAAGUGGGCCAUGGAAUUUGCGGUUUUGGCAGCAAUGCCGUGUAAAACGUCCGAAGAGAGACAGGUUCGAGAUAGGAAGGCCUUUCUACUCCACAGUCUAUUCGUCGAUGUUUCAGUUUCCAAAGCAGUGGAAAUAAUAAAGAAUGUCGUAGAGGGUAAUCAACGCUUAUCGAAGGAUCCUGCUGUGUUGGCUUUCCAUGAAGAAAGAGUAGGUGAUUUGGUCAUAAGGGUGGCUAGAGAUGAUCCUGAUGCGAGUGCCAAGCUUGAUAGAAAGAGUGAUGGGACUCGGGUUCUGGAGAUCUCUCAGGAAGAACUUGCACAGAGGAAUUUGCUUAAAGGGAUCACUGCUGAUGAGAGUGCGACGGUUCAUGAUACGUCUACCUUGGGUGUGGUGGUUGUCAGACAUUGUGGUUUCACAGCCAUUGUAAAGGUUGCUGCUGAGUUUAACUUGGAUGGGGGCCGAAUCCCACAGGAUAUAGACAUCGAAGACCAAUCAGAUGGAGGUGCAAAUGCACUGAAUGUAAAUAGCUUGAGAACUCUACUGCACAAGUCGUCAACGCCUUCGAGCACAGUGCAGAGAUCACCAAAUGCCGACUCAGAACAAAUACGUGUGGCGAAGUCCCUUGUGAGGACAGUAUUUGAGGAUAGUCUGCAGAAAUUGGAGGCUGAACCCCCAAGAAAUACCAAGCCUAUAAGGUGGGAGUUAGGAGCUUGUUGGGUGCAACAUCUGGCAAAUGAAGCUUCAAGUAAAACUGAGUCUAAGAACACUGAAGAUGCUAAGCCUGAACCACCUGUUAAGGGUCUUGGAAAGCAAGGUGCAAUGCUUAAGGAGAUAAAAAGGAAGAUUGAUGUGAAAUCUAACAAGACUGAACAGGGCAAGGAUGCCCUUGCUAACACGGUUGACAAUGACAGUAAAUCAGAAACUGAGGAUCAGAAGGAACUCGAGAAACAAAAUGAGGAGAUUGACAAGAUGUGGAAAGAACUGGUGACAGAAGCUGCCUAUCAGCGUCUUAAGGAAUCAGAAACUGGUUUUCAUCUUAAGUCACCCAGGGAGCUGAUUGAAAUGGCCCGUAAAUACUACACUGACACCGCUCUUCCGAAGCUGGUGGCAGACUUUGGAUCUCUUGAACUUUCACCAGUCGAUGGGAGAACUCUGACAGACUUUAUGCACACCAGAGGCUUACAAAUGCAUUCCCUGGGGAGAGUGGUUGAGCUGGCUGAAAAGCUCCCUCAUGUGCAAUCCCUUUGUAUUCAUGAAAUGAUUGUUCGGGCAUACAAGCAUAUACUGCAGGCUGUUGUAGCAGCUGUUGAAAACACUGCUGAUUUGGCCAUCUCAAUAGCAUCAUGCUUAAACGUUCUAUUGGGAACACCGUCUGAUACUGAAAGUGAAUAUGAUGAGAAGAUAAAAUGGACUUGGAUAGAAGCGUUCAUUUCCAAAAGGUAUGGAUGGGACUGGAAGCAUGAAGGUUUCCAGGAACUGAGGAAAUUUGCCAUUCUCAGAGGACUGUCACACAAGGUUGGACUGGAGCUUGUUCCUAAGGAUUAUGAGAUGGACACGUCAAGUCCAUUUAAGAAGUUAGAUAUCAUUAGUAUGGUUCCUGUAUAUAAGCACGUAGCAUGUUCAUCCGCCGAUGGACGCACUUUAUUGGAAUCAUCCAAAACUUCCUUAGAUAAAGGCAAACUGGAGGAUGCUGUCAGUUAUGGUACCAAGGCAUUGGCGAAGCUUGUAGCAGUGUGCGGCCCAUAUCAUAGAAUGACUGCCGGAGCAUAUAGUCUUCUUGCUGUUGUCCUGUACCAUACUGGGGACUUUAACCAGGCUACUAUUUAUCAGCAAAAAGCACUCGACAUAAAUGAAAGGGAACUUGGACUUGAUCAUCCAGACACAAUGAAAAGCUACGGCGACCUGGCCGUCUUCUAUUAUCGUCUUCAGCACACAGAGUUAGCUUUGAAGUAUGUCAACCGUGCAUUGUACCUUCUGCAUCUAACAUGUGGACCGUCACAUCCAAAUACUGCUGCCACUUAUAUUAAUGUAGCGAUGAUGGAAGAAGGUUUGGGGAAUGUCCAUGUGGCUUUAAGAUACCUUCAUGAAGCGUUGAAAUGUAACCAGAGACUACUUGGAGCUGAUCAUAUCCAGACUGCUGCAAGUUACCAUGCCAUUGCUAUUGCUCUUUCUCUGAUGGAAGCAUACUCCUUGAGCGUCCAACAUGAGCAGACCACUCUACAGAUUCUACAAGCAAAAUUAGGCCUUGAGGAUCUUCGGACACAGGAUGCGGCUGCGUGGCUUGAGUAUUUUGAGUCUAAAGCUCUGGAACAACAAGAAGCUGCACGAAAUGGUACUCCCAAGCCAGACGCCUCUAUUUCCAGCAAAGGCCAUCUCAGUGUAUCAGACCUGCUGGAUUAUAUAACCCCGGAGACUGAUCUCAAAACAAGGGACGCCCAAAGGAAAGCUCGCAUGAAGGUCAAGGGAAGACCAGGACUAAGUCCAACAUCUGUGUUGGAAGAAAAUCAGAAAGAUGAUGAAAUUCUGACUCCGACUCCUAUCACUGUGGAGAGUUCAAGUGAUAAAGACAUUAAGUCCGAAGCAAAACCUGAAGAAACAAAGGUUGAUGAACGUGUUAUGGAACCUCGAGAUCAGGUGACGCUGGUUAAGGCAGAGUCCACAGCCCAAGAGGAGGACUCCUCUGACGAAGGAUGGCAAGAAGCUGUCCCGAAAAAUCGCUAUCCUUCUGGGCGUAGAACCCGUCCCAGCCUGGCAAAGCUGAACACAAACUUCACGAACGCGAACCAGCAGACAUCAAAAAGCAGAGGAAAACCCACCAAUUUCGCGUCCCCAAGGACUAGCCCAAAUGAGAUUUCAAUAUCUACUGCUGGUUCUACUUCCCAGCACGCCAAGAAGGCUUUGAAGAGCCCGAGUUUGAAUAAAAAGAAAAACAGUUCCAAUAUAGUGGGAGAAAAGCCAGUUAGCAAUAAAUCAGCCACCGAACAGAUCAACAAGCCGAUUUCUAUGGUGAGUCCUGUGACUGUCCAAGCUGGAAAACUGUUUUCCUAUAAGGAGGUUGCACUGGCACCCCCUGGAACAAUUGUGAAAAUAGUUGCGGAGCAGUUGACAGAAGAAACGACUGUCCCAGAGACUUUGGACGCGGCAAAAGUAGAUGGUCCUGAAAAAGUUAAGGCUGAGGAGGAUGAGAGUGAGAGUAAGCAUGAGGCUACCGAAACGGAAACGAAAAAUGCUGAUGGCAAUGAACAAGGAGGAGCUGCGGUUGGUGGAUCAAAGUUGAUGAGUUCACAAGAGGAUAUCAAGGCUGAAAAGGCAGGAGAAGAAGGAUCUCCAACAAAGACGGGGGUUUCAGAUGCAAGUCAAGGAAUAUCUGAAAGUGUACAAACAGCAAAAGAUUCAAAUGGAAGUGGACCAGUAACAGAACUGAAGCAACAGAAGGAUGUGUCUGAUGCUACUGCUAAAGCAGUAGAUGGUGAAACUGAAGCUCUGCCUAAUGGAGACUUAAGUCCAAAGUCAUCAGUAGUUGCAGAUGGCGAAAAGCAAGAGGCAUUGGAGGCGCAAAAAGAGACGAGCAAGAAGCUCUCUGCUUCUGCACCACCCUAUACCCCAACGACCAUUCCAAUUUUUGGGUCGAUUACAGUUCCAGGAUUCAAUGACCAUGUGGGAAUCCUUCCCUCCCCAGUCAAUAUUCCACCAAUGCUUCCUGUAAACCAUGUCCGCAGGUCAACUCCUCAUCAGUCUGUAACAGCUCGAGUUCCCUAUGGGCCGAGGCUCUCAGGUGGUGGCUUCAACCGAUCUGGAAACAGGGUUCCUCGUAACAAACCAAGCUUCCCCAUUAGCCCCGAGUCUAAUGGCGAGGCUAAGCAAUUCAUUGGGCCAAGAAUAAUGAACCCUCAUGCCGCGGAGUUCAUACCGAGUCAACCAUGGGUUUCUAACGGAUAUCCAGUGUCACCAAACGGCUAUCUUGUAUCACCAAAUGGGACGGAAAUAACGCAGAAUGGGUACCCGUUGUCGCCGGUAGCAGGUGCAUAUCCGUGUAACAUACCCGCACAGCCUCAGAAUGGACAUAUAAUACCUGCACCAGUGGCUUUAGAGGAGGUACAUGAUACUGAAAGCGCUGAGGAGAAGAGUGGAGGCGAAGAAGAGAGCAACAAGGAGAAUAAAGCUGCAGAGGAUGAAGAAGUCACUGCACAAGAAACUACAGAAACACCUGAAAACGGACAGUCUGCAGCUGGUGAAGAGAAACCCACAGCACAAGAGAUAUCUGACGAGAAUUGAAGAAGCAGUUUUCUGCCAUUGAAGUAUUAACAUUGAGGCUAAAGAAAUGGAGAAAAGUUUGGCUCCAUGGAUGAGGUAGAGUUACACAAUCAUCGGUAGUUCCCAUGAAAAGUCGAGGAAAUCAUUUCUACUUUUGAAUGGUUUGUGUUGCAGCACAGAACCAAGACUCGUCCCUCCUUGUUUUAACAGGUUUACUCAUGCUUUCAGCUUUUGGUUUCCAUAGCUGAAAACUAAAAACAUACUGUAUUCAACUUCUUGAAGAGCCUCUUGAAUAAACACUUUUCUUUUGUUUUCUUAUAUGUUUUGACAAAAUUAGUUAAUAAAUGAUUUUGAGUUUUC